AUGGCUGGUAGAGCCACGCAACAAUCUUCGCUGUUGCACGAAUGGGACCUGCCGUUGGAAAAGAACCAGGACCUCACAAAAGACCGGCGUGAAGUUUACGGCCACCUUCUUGAUUUCAACCCUUCAUGGGAAGAAGCACCCAGAGCCGGAACUUCUGGUGUACGGACUGUGGACGUGCAGGCAGUGGAGGGGAUGGUGGCGCAGUUCCCUUGCGACCUUGGCACCGCUGCCAACGACAAGGUGUACAUGGUGUUCUGGUUCAGAGACGACGCCGGCAUCCCGCUUUACAGCUUCGACGUACGGGGUAAACACCUAUCAGAGGCCAGGCACUGGUCUGCGCCGGAGGUGUUCGGGCCACGGGCCCACUUCUCCACCACGCCACCACCUGCCUCGCUUCUCGUCCGUGACGUGAAGAGACGUGACGAGGGAGUAUACCGCUGUCGGAUAGACUUUCGCAACACGCAGACAACCAGCUUUAGAUACAACCUCACAGUCGUUGUGCCACCAGAGAAACCAGUAGUGGUGGAUCGAUGGGGGCGCGUCAUAAACACAACCACCCUCGGGCCUCACGAGGAAGGUGACGAUGUUCUUCUCACAUGCCGUGUAUUGGGGGGUCGUCCGGAACCAUCGGUCCGAUGGCUUGUUAACGGUGUUCUGGUGGACGAGGAGUACGAACACAAUACCGGUGAUGUCAUAGAGAACCGGCUUCUAUGGCCUGCCAUAAGGCGGGCAGACUACGCUGCGGUGUUCACGUGUCAAGCUGCCAAUUCACACUUAGUGCCGCCCAAAGAGCUUUCCUUAGUACUCGAUAUGUUCCUGCGGCCCCUCACCGUCGAGAUCAGGAAGCCGAUGGAAAUGGGUGAGGGGGGUGUUCUCACCGCCGAGCGGAGGUACGAAGUCGCCUGUGAGUCGGCGGGCAGCCGACCUCCGGCACUCAUCACUUGGCAUAAGGGCAAGAGGCUGCUGAAAAGGAUAACGGAGGAGCUUCGUGACAACCUAACAGUGAGCGUGAUGAGCUUCGUCCCGACACUGGAUGACGACGGCAAACCACUGACCUGCAGAGCGGAGAACCCCAACGUGACCUCGCUAUUCCUGGAAACGUCUUGGGUUAUCAGCGUCGUGUAUCCGCCGGUGGUGCGGCUGAGGCUGGGGAGUUCGUUAGCGGCCGGCGACAUCAAAGAGGGCGACGACGUGUACUUCGAGUGCCACGUUCGCGCCAACCCCCCCGCCAGGAAGCUCUCCUGGCUGCACGACGACAAGGCGUUGGCGCACAACGCAACGGCGCGCGUUUUCCACAGCAACCAGAGCCUGGUGCUGCAGAAGGUGACGCGGUACAGCAGCGGUCGGUACGCGUGCUCGGCCCUCAACGCGGAAGGCGAGACGGUCUCCAACGAACUGCACUUCCGGGUCAAAUACGCCCCGUCGUGCCGCAGCGGCGGCGUGUCCGUGGUGGGGGCGGCGCGCGGCGAGUCCGUCGUGAUCGUCUGCGAGGUGGACGCCGACCCGCCGGCGGCCGUCUUCAAGUGGAAGUUCAACAACUCCGGCGAGACGCUCGACGUCGCGGCGGACCGGUACACGUCCAACGGCAGCGCGUCGAGCCUGAAAUACACGCCAGUUGCCGACCUGGAUUACGGAACCCUGUCCUGUUCUGCGUCAAACGAAGUCGGGACACAGCUCGCGCCGUGCGUCUUCCAGAUGGUGGCAGCAGGUAAGCCACACGCGCCGCGAAAUUGCACGCUCUGGAACCAGACGGCAGACUCUGUCGAGGUCUCCUGCGUGGCCGGCUUCGACGGUGGGCUGCCGCAGAGGUUCUUCCUCGAAGUAUACUCCGGGGAUGACCUUGUGCCCAGGGUGAACCUUUCGUCGGAGGAGCCAUCGUGGACGGUCCGAGGUUUGGAGUGGGACGUCCGCUUUCGACUGGCCGCAGUAGCUGUUAACAGCAAGGGACGGUCACCGCCAGCGCAUCUCGACGACGUGCUUUUUCGUGACCCCGAAAAGCGAACGGCGUCUGAGAGCGCGCUGGGCGCGGGAGCGGCGGGGGCGGCGAGCGCCGGGGCGGCGGGGGCGGGGGCGGCGCUGGCGCUGCUGGCGUGCGCCUGCCGCGCCGCCCGCCGCCGCCGCGCGCCCCCGCCCAAGCCGCCCGCCCCCCGCGCCGACAAGCCGCCCGAACACGACGACGCCGAGCCGGACCUCAUACCGAACAACUACUGUGAAACGCCGAGCGUGCCAGCGCGCAACACGCCUUCGUCACUCUCAGGUCCGCUUACUGGCCCGUUGACAGCACCACUGGUUGUGCCACUUACAACGCCGCUCGCAACACCGGUAAGUACGUGGGCGCCGAGAAGCUCGUCUGGCUCCCUGCGGGCAACCGACCUGAACGUAGACGCCAUCAAAGAGAAGCUUCUGGACAACCGGAUCCCGGAGUCGUGCGUC